AUAUAGCUUGUACAAUUGUCGAGUCAUUUAACGUUUCCAUUGUCCUUUUCUUUCGAUUGCAAAAUAAUGUCUGGCGUUUCUCUCAUGUUCACCCAAUUCCCGUCCACUUCUUCAAUCACACGCCCCUUAAACAACAAAAUAACCUCCAAAUCCUCAAUCUCUUUUCUUAAAACCCUCACUUUCUCUUCAAAAAUCUCAACUGAAUCAAACCUUGUUUUGGCAAGAAAGAAGCCCAGUUUCAUAUUACACGCUGAGGCUGAAGACAAUUCAGAACAAGAUUAUUCAAUUGCAGUUGCCGAAGAAGAAGAAAUAAAUCCCAAGGAACCAACAGAGAUUGAUGUGUUGAAAAAACAAUUGGUUGAUUCAUUUUAUGGUACCAACCGUGGAUUAAGUGCCACGAGUGAGACCAGGGCUGAGGUUGUUGAGCUUAUUACCCAGCUUGAAGCCAAGAAUCCGACUCCCGCACCUACCCAAGCUCUUCCUCUUCUUAAUGGAAAAUGGAUUUUGGCCUAUACAUCUUUCUUAGGCUUGUACCCGUUGUUGUCGAGUGGAUCCGUACCAGUUGUGAAGGUUGAGGAGAUAUCUCAAACCAUCGACUCUGAUAAUUUUACAGUGCAGAAUUGUGUUCUUUUUUCUGGACUGGGUUCCACAACUGCAAUCACUACAAACGCAAAGUUUGAAGUCAGAAGUCCAAAGCGUGUGCAGAUUAAGUUUGACGAGGGCAUUAUCGGCACACCACAAUUAACAGACUCCAUUGUGUUACCAGAAAAUGUUGAAGUUUUAGGACAAAAAAUUGACCUUGCUCCUUUUAAAGGUUUGAUAACAUCUGUUCAAGACACAGCUUCAAACGUUGCAAAGACCAUUUCGAACCAGCCUCCAUUGAAGUUCUCCAUCUCCCAAAGCAAUGCCGAAUCGUGGCUAUUAACAACUUAUCUUGAUGAAGAACUUAGGAUCUCCAGGGGAGAUGGUGGCAGUGUCUUCGUUCUUCUCAAGGAAGGCUCCCCCCUUCUUACACCAUAAGAACCUGUGAGUACAAUUCCCUUUUGGCGAUAUGUAUGUAUUUAUGUGUGAGUAUGCUAUAAGUUAAAGAAUGCGUCAUAUUUGUCGUAGAUGUCUGUUAACAAACUUUAUAUCUGUUUCUUAUCCCACUGAUAUACUCUCAAGUGAAUGUACUUACAAAAAUCACUAGCAUUAUAUGAUUUCAGUUGAUGUUA